AUGGGAGGUCGUCAUCUGUCAAAGAUCCAGGAGGAGACGGACAGCAGGGAGCACAGGUAACUGAAACACCUGAGACACUCAUUGCUUGAGAUAAUAAAGUCAACUUGGUGUUGUCGUCUAGAAAUUAAUCAAUAUAUUGAUAAAAACGUUAGAAUUAAGUUUUUUUUUUCUUUUUUGUAAAUGUAAGGUAAGUUUUCUUACUGACGGUGACAAUGUCAAUGACAAAUUUACUGAAACAUCAAAAAAAUAUUAGUUUUAGUUAAACAUUUUCAGAUAUACAUAUUGUUAAAAACUGAGACGGAAACUUUGACACUCUUUGCAGCGACAUUGGAAACUCAGUCUGACCGACAAUCUGAUAACUGUGACUUUGUGUGUGUGUGUGUGUGUGUGUGUGUGUGUGUGUGUGUGUGUGUGUGUGUGUGUGUGUGUGUGUGUGUGUGUGUGUGUGAUACUCUCAACCGAGGCACAACCUUGAAUCAGGGAUUCAUUUCUGUGAUCGGACCCGACUGUAAAUAAAUCUGAAUGGAAACUGCCUUACAUUACAAUGCGUGUGUGUGUGUGUGUGUGUGUGUGUGUAUUUGUGUGUGUGUGUAUCAGCACAUACAUUCUGCUUGACUAUAUUACAACAUAAUGAAGUGAAAUACGACCUCUCUCUCUCUCUCUGUCUCUCUCUCUCCACAUCAGUACCUCUUUCCUUCCUCCUCUCAUCCAGCAGCAGACAGGUGAGAAGGGUGAGGGAGGUGAGGCAGUUAAACCAGGUGAGAACAAGGCUGUGAGACAGGAAGUGAGCUGUGAGUCUGAACGGGCGACCUCGGCUCAGUGUGAGCAUCAGGAGAAGCUGGAGAACAACAGGACUCUGCUGGAGGAGGUAACUUCAGUUUAUUUAAACAGUUUUACUCAAAGACUCUGUAAAGAAAAUCUGAAGAUCAAUCAAAUGUUAAAACUUGAUGUUUAAUAUUAGAAGUUAUACAAAGGAGUCAAUAAUUUAUAACAUAUGGAGCACAUUUGACAAUGCCAGGUAAAGACCAGGACCCCCCUCCAUGAUAAAAGUGUUGUCUUUUUGAGCUCACAUUUUAAAGUUUUUUUAAUAUCUUAAUUACUUUAAAUCAUAAAGAUAACUAUGUUUGAGUUUUGUUUUUACAUCCAUAUUCAGGGUUUUACACUGUUAUAAGUGAAUCAUUAAAGUAAACGCUGACAAACUAACCCACAGUGAAGUGGUGAAGACUGCUGCCUCACAAUAAAGGGAUCCUGGGCACACCCUGUGAGCCUAAGGAAACCUGAACUCACAUCUAUACUAUCCUGUGGUGCUGAACUUGAUGAGUCACAAAAUACAAGUAAAAAGCACCUUCAAAAGCAACCACUAUGUAGUGUUGUGGUGAAGGAUACACCAUUGUGGGCGUUGUGGGUUCAAAUCCAGCACUGAGGUCGGAAACAAAAUGGUUAAACUAAACUUCUACACCUGAGAAGGGUAGAGUGGGGUUGAGACCACUUACUGUAACAUCUACUAACACCUGAGCCUGAGCGUUAACCAUAAUUAUCCCAAUACAUGUGCACUCGAAACUUAACAGCGGCUGAGUUGACUGUGAGAUAGUGUUGUGACGUUUGCAAACGAUUCGUUCAAAAGAACCGAAUCUUUUAAGUGAACAUACUGAACCGAAUCAAUUCCUCAAGUGAUUCGUUCAUUUCUCACUUCAGUUGAGCUUAAGUGAGAAACAGCAUUGCCAGGCAAGCAGCCAGCGAACAAUUUUGGUGAACGAAUCUUUUGAACAAAUCUUUUUAGUGAACUGAUUCUAGUGAUUCAGUACAUCUAAAAGAACUUCUGUGCCCAUCACUACUGUGAGAAAACAAGGAGCGGUGGAUUUGAAUGCAGUUCACAGUAAAAAUAGAUUUCCCAUAAGUUCCCAUCUGUUAACAUAGCAGAGACAGACCCUGUAACCUUUAGUCUACUGCAGCCAGCCACCAGGGGGAGCUCUAAAAGCUUUGCCUUCACUCUGCUGUUGCUCUGUCAAUGAUUUUAAACUGUCUAUUAUUUUUCCAGUUAAGUCGUAUCGAGGCGGAGCUCCGAGAGUCUGUGCGUCUGGAUGUGGAACGUCAACAGGAAGCUGAAUUCCUUCGCCAACAGGAGAACAACUUGCUGAGGGCAGACCUGUGUUACCUGAGCCUCAGCCAGCGAGUUGCCAGGUAAACAAAUGCAUCACACACACUCAGAUAGUUGGCCAACACCAGAAUUAGUGUGUGAGAAGCUGCUGUAGCUUGGCAACUAUGUAAAAGUGCUUUAAACCUUCAAUAAAAGCUAACAGGUGUGGGAAAGUUAUUACAGACAAAACACUACAACCGGUAGUUAAGGUAUUUUAUGUCUCCCUCAGGCCGUGGGUCAGCAGCUACUUCAGAAAUUUUCCGAUGCACAUCUACUGCCUUCCUGUCACAGCCACCAAUCACAAAGGCAGGAGGCGGGGCUUACAGAAGUGGAAAUGA